UCGGGAUAUGUGCGGAUCUCUUCUCUGUCUCGACGCAUCUUUUUAUCCGCCGCGUACCUUUCGUUCGGCGUGAAGUGCGUCGCGCGCUGCUCGCACAGUGUGACGUUUGCCCCGAUCCGUGUUGCUUCGCUGUCGGCCAGAGAGCUCGGAGCGCCUCGGAGCGUGAGGUGGUAUUACGAGGACGGCUCUCGCGUACGUAAAUAAUAAUGUCGUCUUAUCAAACGGUCGUCGUCGUCGUGGUGUUCCUUCCUGUCACGCCCGUGCUCGUGCGCCGAACGGAAUAAAUAUAUAAGUUUAACGCGUCUCUCGUGCUCGAACUCUACUUGUCAAACGAGCGCGCUGCCUCUCGAACGGAGUCUGUGCAGCGAUAAUUGCGUCCGUUUAGGUUAGGAUCGCCCUCUUGGGGCGGAGAAGAGUUUGGAUUUAACCUUGAACGGGGAUGUCUUUUGCGCUCCUCUUCUUCGUUUUGCUUCGGUUAAGGUGCUCCGAUCGAUAGGAACUGCGAGUCGUAGUCUCGGAAGAGACCGGAGAGUGAAGUGAUGUAAAAUAUUAUGAUGGUCUUGAGAAAAUCAUGGAUGAGAGAUCUCCACUGGCAUGGAGCUAGGAGCGCACUGAUAGCGUUAGUUUACGAGAUCUUGGUUUCUAUGCAUUGCCUGCCAAAGAAGAACUGAGCCCAAUGUUUCCACACAAUUCUAGUUCACAUGAGAUUUCUACAGAAACAAAUGCCUUCGUACAAAAUUCCAUGGGGGAUGUAGUAGUAUUAGGGGAAAGCAGUCUGGAUGGGGUGGGGGAAGGGGAAGGAUCAGAGCACACUAGGUACUGUGAUAUCGAAUCGAUAGCAAACAGCAGCAUGAUGGCAGCACCUAUUAGCCAUCCCGAAGCUACCGCCGCCAAUGACUUUUCAACCGUCCUGCUGAACCAAGCUGGUGAGUUCAACUCAACCGGCAUAGGUAAGGCCUGCCAGUCAGUGGCGCCAGCAACCACAAAAUACCCAACAAAUCACUUUCUAAUCUGCGAUAAUAAUAAUAAAAUAAAUAAUCACAACAAUGCAGAACAUAAUCAUCACAAGUACAGAAAGCAAAACACACCGGGCUUGCUUGGUUUGCAGCUGGGCAGCUCCGCCAAUAACUCUAAGUCUAUUUGUAAGACAUUAAGUGAUAAUAAGACUAGCUUUAGUAAUCUAUAUAUUAGAGUAUAUAUAAUAAGGGUACGUGUAAAUUUUGAAAGGGACGAAGCGUAUCGCGCCGUUGGGGUACCUAGCCUAGUUAGGAUACCCAAGUCUGAUAGUCCCCAACGGUUGUUACGCCUCCCUAACUCUGACGACAAUUACUCCUUACUAGGGUCCUGCCUUGACCUAGGCGACAACAAUAAAUUUAAGGCUAAUUUUAGUUAUGUAAGUAAUAACAACUCCAAGUCUGUGAUAUUGCUCAGCUCAACCAGUUACAGUAACCAUUACCUCCUCUUUAGUGGUGGCUUUGACAAGAUAGCUGCUGUUAUCCCGGUACUUUGUAUUAAGAGGGACGAUUCUACCACCACAUCGAAUAGAAUGAAACUACUAGGUGAUAAGUACGCCCUAGUUACCAGUUUUGCUCAGACCUCCAGACUGCUUGCAAACAAUAGAAUUCUGGACGAUUCUAACAUCCGAGUCUCGCUGAGCCGCCGAAUAGUACGACACCUCUUGAAAUUGCAUUUCAACGGCAACACUCUAGUACCGGUGUCUGUUUAUUACGCUCAGAAUUUUGCGAUGUAUGCCGCCAGUUCUUCCAUUACGCUUAUCGUUUUCAGAAACGAAGUAAUUGACCACACUUUGCGAUCUUUCCUGAAAAAUCUCACACAAUUAUAUGUACAAUCUUAUAUUUCUCCAUUAUGUAAUGUCACUGUGACCGAGCUGAUGCAACACAUAUGUGUUCCAUUAUUAGUAAUAUGUAAAAGUAAUGAUUACAACGUUGGUAAUAAUUAUAAUGAAUAUUAUAAUAACGAGUACAGUACAGUUGGUAGUAUUGAAGAGGAAAUUAAUAUUAAUAAUAAUAAUAAUAAUUAUAAUAAUAAUAAUAAUAAUAAUAAUAAUAAUAAUCCAGAUGUUAUCGGAAACAUUGUUGACAUCGCUGUGUGCUACAAGACUAGUGUAAUGACUACUAAUGUUAGGAUCUUAGGGUCUCAAAAUGAUGGUAUUAGUUGUACCGAAGCAACAAUAUUUACUGUUGGUGCUCUUUUAUUUCAGGAUAACAAUAAGCCUCUAAACACUUGUUUUAAGAUUAGUAGAUAUAAUAGGGGAUUGGUCGCUACCGAUCGUGAAUCUAACUCUACCAUUAAGUCUGUAUGUAGGUCUACGCUAAGCGAUAAAUGUAGUAGUAACGUUAAGUUUGAAACAUCUCAUGCCGCUCGACUUGACAAAUCUGACAACAGAAGGCAAGUUAAGUUGACUGUCAACAUUCCUAUAAUGACUACCUGCAAGCCUACGAUGACGCUUACAUGCCAAUCAGCCACCGUCGCAUCCCAAACAAUUGCUGUACCUGUGUCUCGGGCGGAGAUUCGCACGAACGACAAUGAAAUGCGAUUGGAAUAUUUCAAUGUACUCCAAAAUGACCAAAUAUGUAUCCAAUAUAUGUUGCUAAGUCAUACAGAUGAUCUUAAUAAGCAUGACUUCUUGCGUCAUUAUGACGCAACUAAAUUUAAACUCGUGCAAAUUUAUGCUAUUGACAAGCUCAAGGCAACAACAUCGAAAGAUGACGCUCAGUUGAUCUGCAAAUAUAACCGAGAUAAUCUUAGACGCGACCAAAGUCGUAAGAACGAUCAUGAUCAUGAUAAUGAUGAUGAUGAUGUUAAUGAUACCAUCAUACGCAACAGCAACGAAGAUUUUAUUGCACCAUCUACGUUGCAAUGGUCAUCCCUUAUAAAGUGUGUGCGUGCGUUAAUUCCUGCUUGUCGAAGAACAUACGAGAAAUACGGGAGCGAAUAUGAAGUUCAACGACGUCAACUAAAAUCCAUCUUGGAUGUCUUGUUUCGAAAUCCUGUUUCGCAGUUAUAUCACAAGUACAACGAGCCUAUCACAAGUUACAAACAACGUUGGGGCAUACCAAUGAUCCUGCGAUUAGCAGGAGGCGGAGAGAGUUCUUUGAAUAGCGGUGGAGCUACGUGGGGAACAACGCAAGCCACUACGCCGAAUAAUAACAAUACGAAUCAGAGUGGAUGGGGUGGUACACCCGGAAAUCCACCCGGUGGUGCUAAUGCACCCAAUAAUUGGGGCGGAAAUACUGUCAACCGAUCUGCCACUGGAAAUCCAAAUCAAAAUCAAGGACCACCCGGAAGCCAAAAUAAUCCGGGUAAUGUGAGCAAAGUUACUAAUCCCAAUCAACAAUCGAAUCAACAAUCUGGUCCGCCAACGUCUCAAUCAAAUAAUCCUACCCAAGCAAAUCAGAAUAAUAACCAAUGGCCUCAGGGAAAGUCUAACAACCCAGGUGGUCUUGGACAAAAUCCAUCAGUGCAAAAUAACAACAAUAGCGGCGUUCAACAGCAACAAUCUUCAGGUUCGAAUGCAAAUAACAAUCAGUCGAACAAUCCUACCCAAGGGGCUGUGAGUAUUGGCAAUACUUCGGCGACUAAUAAUCCGUCUACGAAACAGCAACUCGAGCAACUCAAUACGAUGAGGGAAGCGCUCUUUAGUCACGACGGUUGGGGCUGCCAAAACGUGAAUCAAGAUACAAAUUGGGACGUGCCAACGUCUCCUGAACCAAGCACGACCAAAGACGGUGUACCGAUCUGGAAACCACCAGUGAACAAUGGCACCGAUUUAUGGGAGGCGAAUCUACGUAACGGCGGACAGCCACCGCCUCAGCAGCAGACGAAAACACCGUGGGGCCACACUCCGGCGACCAAUAUUGGUGGAACCUGGGGCGAAGAUGACGAAACAGCUGAUUCGUCUAACAUGUGGACUGGUGCACCGACGCAGUCACAGCCGAGCGCUGCUCAGUGGACCGGCGCCGCCGGUAAUCAAGCUGGGUCCAAUUGGGGUGAUCCCAGAAUAGACCAUAGAGAUCCAAGAGACUUGCGAUCUGUGGAUCCGAGAGAAAUGCGUGACCCACGAGAUCACCGUAUGUCCUUGGAUCCUCGAGAUCACAUGCGUGUAAUGGAUCCGAUGGCUCGCGAUCCGCGAAUGGCCGAUAUGCGUGGCGAUCCGCGCGGAAUAUCAGGACGUUUGCAUGGUGCAAACGCGGACGCAAUGUGGACUCAACCGCCGGGACCUCCCGGGCAUCAUCAGAUGGGUCAUCAACAUCCAUCCGGACCGCCGGCCAAGAUGCUUAAUCCAUCGAACAUGAAUCAAUGGGCUGCGCCACCGCCGAAGGACAUUAUGCCCGGCAAACCGUCUGGUUGGGAGGAACCCUCCCCGCCGACACAACGACGCAACGUGCCCAAUUAUGAUGAUGGUACUAGUCUCUGGGGAAAUCCGGGUGCUAAUCAGCGCGCCAUACCAGGUAGCAAAGUAUCACACUGGAAGGACAUGCCUACACCGAAUUUGGCUCGUGGAGGCAUGCAAUGUCCACCGGGCAUGCCACAAAACAGAAUGCCAGGACAGCCUGGAAUGAAACCGGAUGUUGGUAAUCCUAUGUGGGGUCACCCCGGCGCUCCAAGCGGACGCAAUGGAACUUGGACAGACGGGCCGCAUGACACUGCAUCCUGGGAUGAUCCUAAGACACAAGCUACAUGGAAUGAACCUCAGCUAAAUCCAGCUUGGGGUGGUCCAACUGCGCACAAACCACCAAAGCCUAUGGGACCUGCCGGUAGUUGGGCCGACUCUGAUAUGGAUCCGACUCCUAGUUGGGCACAUCCUACGAAGCCCACUUUGACUAAGGAAGUUAUUUGGAAUAGUCGCGAAUUCCGAUAUCUCUGCGAAUUAGGAUUCAAGAAAGAAGAUGUUGAAGUGGCACUAAGGAAUCGAGAAAUGAACCGAGAUGAGGCAUUGGAACUUCUCAAUCAAUUACGUCCUAUUGACCAGUGGAGACGCCACGACACGCACUCAGGUUACGAUCCGGCGCAUCAAGCGACUACCGCGCCUGCAUAUCCCCGAUUCAAUCAUGUAGGACAGCAGAUGUCAUUUCCUCCGGGCGGAGGAGUGCCCAGUGGGGCAACCAGUGGGGGCGUAGGUGGUUCUGUCACCAGUGCUAGUCUUCUAAAACUUCAACAACAGCAACAGCAGCAAACAGCUGUUCCGCUACAGCAACAGCAGCCAAGUACCAAUGCGCCACAACCCCCUUUCAAUCAGGCAUCUCGCACAACGCAGAAUCAGCCAAGUACACAGCAAUUACGGAUGCUCGUGCAACAAAUUCAGUUAGCUGUUCAUGAAGGAUAUUUGAAUCAUCAGAUUUUAAAUCAACCGCUGGCGCCUCAAACUUUAAUGUUAUUAAAUCAGCUACUGCAACAAAUCAAGGUCUUACAGCAAUUGCACCAACAGCACGCAGUCCAGAAUACAAUGAAAGGAAGCAAUCAGUCUGCUCUGCAGAUUAGUGUUCAAAUUACAAAAACCAAGCAGCAAAUCACGAAUUUGCAGAAUCAAAUAGCAGUACAGCAAGCGACAUACAUGAAACAACAACAGCAACAUCCAGCUCCUCCAUCACAAGCAUCAGAAUAUUACAAAUCCUCUGUGCAUGAUCCGAUGUCAGCUCUGCCGAACAGUUUUAGCGAUUUAACGAUGAACAAAGAACCUCCGGUGAGUCAGCAACAGUCUAGAUUGAAUCAGUGGAAGCUGCCAUCACUGGAUAAGGACGGUGAUUUGGUGUCAAACGAAUUCUCCCGUGCUCCUGGAACUACCAGUAAACCGCCUACAACACCUGGUGCUUUGACUCAAUCGCAUAGCAGUCCAAACAUGAAUCCAUUGUUGGGUCAAAGCGACGGCACGUGGUCUUCUCGACUUGGUGACAGCGGCUGGCCUGAUCCAGGUAACAACGAUUCGACUGAUGGAAAGGACUGGCAACCAGGUGGUGCUGCGUAUACAGACCUCGUACCGGAAUUUGAACCAGGGAAGCCAUGGAAGGGUACCCAGAUAAAAAGCAUCGAGGAUGAUCCAAGCAUCACUCCCGGUUCUGUUGUGCGUUCUCCAUUAUCCUUGGCAACUAUCAAGGAUCCCGAUACGAUAUUUUCGUCGAGCAGCAAGACAUCACCACCACCGCAAACUGCUAAUCCUGACACAUCGAUCCCAAGUUUAAGUAAUUCUACAUGGACAUUCAAUCCACCAGCUACCACACCUAGUGCAUUUACUAGCACUUCCAAGAAUACAUGGGGAGAGUCUGCUCCUCCACCAACUGCCGUGACUUCAGAACUUUGGGGUGCACCAAUGAGUAAAGCACGCGGUCCACCUCCCGGUUUGAGUAGUAAAGGAGCGACGAACGCGAGCAAUGGUUGGGGGGCCGGCUUAGGAAGUGUCAGUAGAUCGUCUAGUUCGUGGGGCCUUCAAUCGUCGUCGGCGGUUAGUAAUUCAGGCUGGAUGUCAAACCAAGGAUCAACUUGGCUUCUACUGAAGAAUCUUACUCCACAAAUCGACGGGUCCACUUUGAAAACAUUGUGUAUGCAACAUGGACCGGUUCAAGAUUUCCGUCUCUAUCAGAAUCAUGGAAUUGCAUUGACGAAAUAUUCUUCUCGCGACGAGGCAAUCAAGGCACAAGGAGCCCUAAACAAUUGCGUCCUGGGUAACACAACGAUAUUUGCCGAGUCGCCCGCAGAAAGCGAGGUGCACACGAUUCUGCAGCAACUCAGCCAUGGUGGACAGCAGCAGGCCGGUGGUUCCGGCGGGGCCGGUUGGGGCCUUAGACCAACUAACAAAGCUGGCCCGCCGCCCGACACAUGGGGAGGCAGCUCUAGUCAACUCUGGGGCGCCCCGCCCACCAGCAAUUCCCUGUGGAGCAACGCCGGGAUAGACAACAGUGACCAGCAACGAGCAACUCCCAGUUCUCUCAACUCGUACUUACCCGGAGAUCUUCUGGGAGGUGAGUCGAUGUAGAGAACGAGAGGCCAUCCGCCCGAUAUCUUGUCAAAUAAGUGAACAAAUCCACUUGCUUAAGACUUGCAAGUCCAAAGAUGCAGCUCGGCUGAUGCCGAAAUUUCGUGAUCGAAUGCGUAUUACUUCCCCUUCCGAUCCCCUGCCUCUUAUUCCUCUUAGAUCACAUUUUGUAUAUCCAAGUAUUAUCAUAUUAUCGAUCGAUGUUUUUGGUUAGAACCGAUACAAAAUGUAUCUACUUAUAUAUAUACUCUGUCGAUGAUAAGAAAGGGCGAAUGUAUGAGAGGAAAAGGGAAAGGAAGGGAGAGUUGAGAGAAAGUGAUAGAUAAAAAG